GCCCAGAGAAGAGGAAGUGAGAGAAGGUUUGAGAGUUGCUGAGUGCAGGUAAGGGUUACUUUUUCAAGUCGGGCGACCAGCCGCCUGGGUGCUUGUUUACUGGGGUGGGAGCAGGGCGUUCAGGAGCCAAGUCCUGGCACGAACUGAAGUCGGACAUCCCUGCAGAGCCGCCGAAGUCUGGAAAUGUGUCUGGCUUGCAUCUAGGACCACAGAGGCGAUCUGGCCAUUAAUUUGCCUGGAUAUCUUCUGGCUUGUGGUAAGCUCACUUGCCCAAGUGGCUGACCUCAAGCACUUGGCCCAAGGAGGCCCGGGGCUAUUCCGUGGCAGCCCAGCCCGGACUGCCUGUGCGCGGGUCCCCGCCACUGCCACACAGAGACGUGCUUUGGACACUCAUCUUCAGAGACUGUCCCUUCCAAGCUGGGUUUGUGCGGACCCGGGCCAGGCAGUCAUCAGGUACCGAGGGCUGGAUUCCUUCCUCCGGACUCAUCUGUUGUCAUCCGUGGGAACGCUAACUUUACCUGGAGGGAUUCGUGGGGGAGGGGGUGGGAGAGUUCUCCUCCUCUGGCGCUCACCACCCCCUCCAGGACUGCCCCUCCCCCGCCUCCUAUGGCAUCGCUCUCAGAACAUCCUCUCUCCGCCCAGUUCGGUGCCAUCUGCGUGGGCUCCAGCUUCGUGCAUUUUCCAUGGAAUGCUUCGAAACUCUGUAGCGACUAAGGAAAUCUCAUUGGAAUUUGCGAGGCGUGCUCUCAGCGGGCAUAGCAACCGUUCAGCCAGUCCUUGGAUCGAUCCCUCUUCAGCGAGGAGAUUGCAACUUUGCAGAGACAAAGAAAUAGCAUGGCAUGAAACAUGGCUCAGUUCUAUUACAAAAGAAACGUUAAUGCCCCCUACAGAGACCGCAUCCCUCUAAGGAUCGUCAGAGCAGAAUCGGAACUCUCACCAUCAGAAAAAGCCUACUUAAAUGCUGUAGAAAAAGGAGAUUAUGCAAGUGUCAAGAAAUCCCUAGAGGAAGCUGAAAUUUAUUUUAAAAUCAAUAUUAAUUGCAUUGACCCUCUUGGAAGAACUGCUCUCCUAAUUGCAAUUGAAAAUGAGAACUUGGAGCUCAUUGAACUACUCUUGAGCUUUAAUAUCUAUGUCGGUGAUGCUCUGUUACAUGCAAUCAGGAAAGAAGUCGUCGGAGCUGUUGAGCUGUUACUGAACCACAAAAAGCCCAGUGGAGAAAAACAGGUGCCUCCCAUACUCCUUGACAAGCAGUUCUCUGAAUUUACUCCGGACAUUACACCAAUCAUUUUGGCAGCUCACACUAAUAAUUAUGAGAUAAUAAAACUUUUAGUUCAGAAAGGAGUCUCAGUGCCCAGACCCCAUGAGGUCCGCUGUAACUGCGUUGAAUGCGUCUCCAGUUCAGAUGUGGAUAGCCUCCGCCACUCACGCUCCAGACUCAACAUUUACAAGGCCUUGGCCAGCCCCUCUCUCAUUGCACUAUCAAGCGAAGAUCCUUUUCUCACAGCUUUUCAGUUAAGUUGGGAGCUUCAGGAAUUGAGCAAGGUGGAAAAUGAAUUCAAGUCAGAGUAUGAGGAGCUGUCACGACAGUGUAAACAAUUUGCUAAGGACCUACUGGAUCAGACAAGAAGUUCUAGAGAACUAGAAAUUAUUCUUAAUUAUCGAGAUGACAAUAGUCUCAUAGAAGAACAAAGUGGAAAUGACCUUGCAAGACUAAAAUUGGCGAUUAAGUACCGUCAGAAAGAGUUUGUUGCCCAGCCCAAUUGUCAACAACUGCUUGCAUCUCGCUGGUACGAUGAGUUCCCAGGCUGGAGGAGAAGACACUGGGCAGUGAAGAUGGUGACAUGUUUCAUAAUUGGACUUCUUUUUCCUGUCUUCUCUAUGUGCUACCUUAUAGCUCCUAAAAGCCCACUUGGACUGUUCAUCAGAAAGCCAUUUAUCAAGUUCAUCUGCCAUACAGCAUCCUAUUUGACUUUUUUGUUCCUGCUGUUGCUUGCCUCUCAGCACAUCGACAGGUCAGACUUGAACAGGCAAGGUCCACCACCAACCAUCGUCGAGUGGAUGAUAUUACCAUGGGUCCUGGGUUUUAUAUGGGGAGAAAUAAAACAAAUGUGGGAUGGCGGACUUCAAGAUUACAUCCAUGAUUGGUGGAAUCUAAUGGAUUUUGUGAUGAACUCCUUAUAUUUAGCAACAAUCUCCUUGAAAAUUGUGGCAUUUGUGAAGUACAGUGCUCUUAAUCCACGAGAAUCUUGGGACAUGUGGCAUCCCACUCUGGUGGCUGAAGCUUUAUUUGCUAUUGCAAACAUCUUCAGUUCCCUGCGCCUAAUCUCACUAUUUACCGCAAAUUCUCACCUGGGGCCUCUGCAAAUAUCUCUGGGAAGAAUGCUCCUGGACAUUUUGAAGUUUCUAUUCAUAUACUGCCUUGUGUUGUUAGCAUUUGCAAAUGGCCUAAAUCAAUUGUACUUCUAUUACGAAGAAACAAAAGGGCUAAGCUGCAAAGGCAUACGAUGUGAAAAGCAGAAUAAUGCAUUUUCAACGUUAUUUGAGACACUCCAGUCCCUGUUUUGGUCAAUAUUUGGGCUCAUCAAUUUAUAUGUGACCAAUGUCAAAGCGCAGCAUGAAUUCACUGAGUUUGUUGGUGCCACCAUGUUUGGAACAUACAAUGUCAUCUCUCUGGUUGUCUUACUCAACAUGUUAAUAGCUAUGAUGAAUAAUUCUUACCAACUUAUUGCUGACCACGCAGAUAUAGAAUGGAAAUUUGCUCGAACAAAGCUUUGGAUGAGUUAUUUUGAAGAAGGAGGUACCCUGCCUACUCCGUUCAAUGUCAUCCCAAGCCCCAAGUCUCUCUGGUACUUGAUCAAAUGGAUAUGGACACACUUGUGCAAGAAAAAGAUGAGAAGAAAGCCAGAAAGUUUUGGAACAAUAGGGAGGCGAGCUGCUGAUAAUUUGAGAAGACAUCACCAGUAUCAAGAAGUUAUGAGGAACCUGGUGAAGCGAUAUGUUGCUGCGAUGAUUAGAGAUGCCAAAACCGAAGAAGGGCUGACUGAAGAGAACUUUAAGGAACUAAAGCAAGACAUUUCUAGUUUUCGCUUUGAAGUCCUGGGGUUACUAAGAGGAAGCAAACUCUCUGCAGUACAGUCUGCUCAGGCCACGAAAGACUUUCCUAAUCCAGCAGACUCAGAUGAAAAGAGCGAUAACGAAGGUAGCAGCAAAGACAAGAAGAAGAACUUCAGCCUUUUUGAUUUAACAGCUCUGAUUCACCCGCGAUCAGCUGCAAUUGCAGAAAGACACAACAUAAGCAACGGCUCUGCGCUGGUGGUGCAGGAGCCCCUGCGGGAGAAGCAGAGAAAAAUGAAUUUUGUGACAGAUAUAAAAACCUUCGGGUUAUUUCAUAGACGAUCAAAACAAAACGCUGCUGAGCAAAAUGCAAAUCAAAUCUUCUCUGUUUCAGAAGAGGUUGCUCGUCAACAAGCUGAGGGACCACUGGAGAGAAAUAUUCAACUGGAAUCUCGAGGAUUAGCUUCACGGGGCGACCUGAGCAUCCCCGGGCUCAGUGAACAGUGCAUACUUGUAGACCAUCGGGAAAGGAACACGGACAGCCUGGGUUUACAGAUGGGCAAGAGAAUGUGUUCGUUCAAGUCAGAGAGGGUGGUGGUGGAAGACACUGUUCCAAUAAUACCAAAGGAGAAGCACGCAAAGGAAGAAGACUCUAGUACAGACUAUGAUGUAACCCUCACAGACACAGUCACCCACGAAGAUUAUGUGACCACAAGAUUGUGAUACUGGAAGGAGAAAGCGUUUAUCAUACAUACAUAUUUCCCAUAAUGCUCUGAGUUGGGGGGGUGGGGGAUGCUUAAGAGUAAAUUACAAAUGCUAACUUACACUUUGUAGCAUUUAUGUGGCAUAAUAAUGUGUAACACUUUUAAAUAAGGCAAAAGCUGUCAAAAAUCCUUGGUUUGUAGCCUGCUUUGGCUUUCACAAUUUGUUUUACAAUUUUUUUUGUUAAUAAAUAAACGUACCUUGUAUUCUUGUACUGUUGCA